AUUUUCUUGUUAACCAAUACAACAGUUAAAGUAUCUUCUCCAUUUCCAAACCAAACGCUUCCUCUUUCUUCUUCUUCUUCCGUCUUCUUCUCCGCAGAUCUCAAUCCGCCUUCCUCUCGCCUCCUCCGGAUCCGAUAUGGAUGUCGUCAUCACUCCAAGUUUGUAUCCUCUUCACCGCUGUAAAACAAUUCACCUGGUAAGACAUGCUCAAGGUUUCCACAAUGUAGCAGGAGAAAAAGACCACGAUGCGUAUAUGUCAGAAGAACUUUUCGAUGCAAAUCUCACAUCCUUUGGCUGGCAACAGGUUGAUAAUCUGCGUAAACAUGUUGAUUCAUCUGGAAUUUCUCAGAAGGUUGAAUUAGUAAUUGUUUCUCCAUUGACAAGGACCAUGCAAACUGCAGUUGGUGUUUUUGGUGGUGGUGGUGGUGGUGGUGAUUACGCAGCAGGUGGAAACGUACCUCUAAUGGUGGAAAAUGGUGGAGAUAGUAACCGGUGUGCAGUGUCGAGUCUGAACUGCCCUCCUUUCCUAGCAGUAGAGCUUUGUCGAGAACACUUGGGAGUACAUCCAUGUGAUAGGAGGAGGAGCAUUACUGAAUAUAAACCUGUUUUCCCUGCAAUUGAUUUUUCAGAGAUUGAGAAUGAUGGUGACAUUUGGUGGAAACCUGACAUAAGAGAGAAAGACGAAGAGAUUGCUGCGAGGGGAAUGGAAUUCCUGAAAUGGUUGUGGGGGAGAAAAGAGAAAGAAAUUGCAGUGGUUACUCACAGUGGUUUCUUGGUUAAUACUCUGAGUGCAUUUGGAAAUGAUUGUCACCCGUAUGUUAAGACUGAAAUAUGCAAGCCAUUCAAGAACUGUGAACUCCGUUCAGUUGUAAUUGUAGACAAAGGCAUGUUGGGAUCGUCGGACUCAUCCACGACUAAUUUCGCGGGUAAAAUCCCUGAUGGAGCCGAUCUGCCAAGCGAUGCUGUAAAGUAAAUCACUGUCAAAUUUCUCAUCAGAAAUUUAGUCAUUCAGAGAUUUAUUGGUAACUUUCCAUCCUAAAAUAUAAUCUAUUUACUCUAUUUAUCUAUAUUUUCCUAAAAUAUAAACCAUUUGCAGUAUUUAUUUUCAAUAAAAAUAAUAUUGAUCUUAUAUUUUGUAAAGAGUUUAGGAACUCAUAGCUGCAGAAACUAUGUCCUAAAGUUUAUGGGUUUAUGAACUUGUAUCUUCCGUGUA